AUGCAGAAGUUCCUGCGAUCGAAAGCUUCGACAACCAAGAUACAGCAGGGCGAGGUGGCGUUCAGUACCGACCUGGACAAGGAUGAUUUGGUUGCCGAGGAGGAGAUGAAGAAACUCGGCAGUCGGCGGAAGGAGACAGAGCUCGCAGCCAAGACCCUCGACACGCUCCGGAAACGUGCUACGCCCAAGGAACGCGUGGGCCCUCAGGAGGCCAUCCGGAUAGCUAUGCUGAACAUCUACGAAAGAGGCGAGAUUAUCGACUACAAGGACAUCUAUUUCUGCGGGACGCAGAACGCACAGAAGGUCGUCGGUGAUCUCCAUUCCAAGGCCCCCAACUUUGGCUAUGACGACGACCGCGGUGACUACAGCAUUAUCAUCGGAGACCACCUGGCCUACCGGUACGAGAUUGUCGAUGUUCUUGGAAAAGGAAGCUUUGGGCAGGUUGUGCGAUGCAUCGACCACAAGACGGGUGUUCUGGUCGCAGUCAAGAUUAUCAGAAACAAGAAGCGGUUCCACCAACAAGCCCUGGUCGAAGUCAACAUCUUGCAAAAGCUUCGCGAAUGGGAUCCCAAAAACAGGCACAGUAUGGUCAACUUCACCCACAGCUUCUAUUUCCGCGAACAUCUGUGCAUCUCUACCGAACUACUCGACAUGAACCUCUACGAGUUCAUCAAGGCGAACGCAUUCCGUGGCUUCUCACUCAAGAUGAUCCGACGCUUCACGAAGCAGAUGCUCAGCUCCCUCAACCUCCUGAAGCAGAAAAAGGUCAUCCACUGUGACCUCAAGCCUGAGAAUAUCCUGCUGCGACAUCCUAUGCAUACCGAGCUCAAGGUCAUCGAUUUCGGCUCCAGCUGCUUCGAAAACGAAAAGGUCUACACCUAUAUCCAGUCCCGCUUUUACCGGUCUCCAGAAGUCAUCCUGGGAAUGUCGUACGGCUUGCCCAUCGACAUGUGGAGUCUCGGUUGCAUCCUGGCUGAGCUGUACACUGGCGUCCCCAUCUUCCCUGGCGAGAAUGAACAGGAGCAACUGGCUUGCAUCAUGGAGGUGUUUGGCCCUCCUGAAAAGCAUCUGAUUGAAAAGAGCACGAGGAAGAAGCUGUUCUUCGACUCCAUGGGCAAGCCGCGCCUCACGGUGUCAUCCAAGGGCCGGAGGAGGCGGCCUUCCUCCAAGACUCUGCAGCAGGCACUGAAGUGCGACGACGAGGCUUUCCUGGACUUUAUCAGCCGGUGUCUGAGAUGGGACCCCGACCGACGGAUGAAGCCCGAGGAGGCUAUCCGUCACGAAUUCAUUACGGGCCAGAAGAUGCCUGUGCCUGCACCCCGAAUGGCCACCGUCCGCGAGCAGUCACCUAUCAAGCGUCAUAAUACCAUCUCCACCCCUCGACCCCUUCCUGAACCCCCAGCGGCAGCGGCAAGCAUGAGGGUUAGCUCCAGCAUCCGGCCUGUCAAGGAUACAUCAGGGGUGUUCAGCGUCAGCUCCAGCCCCCUCAAGCCCAGCGCCACGACGGCCGCUCAUUCGAGGCGGCCAUCAGGUGUCUAUACUAUUCCACCCAAGCGUACAAGCACUGGGACCACUGGCGGUAGCGGUGGCGGCGGUGGCGGCGCCGGCGGGGCGAUUAGCGGUGGUAUCAGCAGCGGCCUCCCACGUGCUGCAGGUCGCAGUGUCAGCUCCAAGCAGGAUCUGGCCUCGGCAGGAGCAACUGCCGCCAUGGCAAGUCGGCGUGCUUAGGGAGCGCCGGUCUCGAGACCAAGCCGCCUGCGGCAUUCUAUGGGUAUAUAGAAAACAUUAGUCGGAGUAUGCUGGGUUUGGGGAGGAAGGACUUCAUUGUAGCAUGUCUUAUCAUCAAUGGCUAAUGAAGAUUUACAGCGGAUACGAGAGGGCGGUUCUGGCAUGGCUUGGCACGGCAAGGCGUUAAUACUCCAAAGGGUGUGAGGAAAUUUCAAAGUCAAUUGUGUGG